CUCUUUUCUUAUUUUCCUCCUUAAUUUCUUCAGCUUCUUUUGACAUGUUAAUUGUGUUCAAUUAACAAAUUUUGCUAGUUUCCUUUCCUUAGACCCCAGUGGAAGUCAGACAAGCAUAUCCAAUUAACAGGCUUGUUCAUUUAAACCUUUUGUGCGUUUCAAACCUCUGCGGCUAAAGAUACUUUAAAAUAGUCACAAGAUGUGACAAGACAUAAGGAUUAGUACUUUUUUGGGGGGGAUUUCGUACUUCUUCCAACCCACAAAUUAUUUGCUGUUAUUGGCUGAGAGAGUUCUCAGAUUCCUGUGCCAUUCAGUUCCCAGUCAGGCUUUACCAUAGGUUACACUUUCUCGUCCCGGUGACAGUAACUGAAGAGGAAGGAAAUAAUAAACAAGCGUCACUCUUAAAUAAGGCAAUCAUAUUUGAAAGUCCAACCUGUCAGGGAAAAUGCAAAGAAGGAUUUUUUUCCUGAGCAAGAUGAUGAACUGUUGGGUCCCGGAGCGUACGGAACAGACUUCGGAACACUAACUCGUUCUUAAAUAUAUUUCAAAGACUUGAGAAGUUUUUGGACAGCGGUGAUAUUACAACUGUCCGAGUCUGACCUCGUAAGAAAAAAAUAUUCCCAGGAACUUACAUACAAUUUUUCCCUUUCUUACUUGACUGGACACAAAAAAAGCGGGUCUGCACCUCCGGUACUAAAGAGUAUCAGAAUUACUUAUUUUAAACACAUUAUACGCCUUAAUUUGGCACAUUGAUUCUAAGAUUCAUGCCUUUUUUAUUUUGGAUUUUUGGCCACUGAGCAGUCUGUCAAUGUACAAAGAAGACAUAAGUUGCCGAAGUGAACCUGUGCUUGUAUAGACUUGCUACCAUGGCAAGACCUUUAGUGGAAUAUUUGUGUGGAACCUCUGAUGCCCUACAUGCAUUUGGCUGCUGACUUCUGCCUGCGUGAAUUGUGUUUUUUUUUUUUUUCUGGAAGUGUUAUUGGCAGGAGGGGGCAGCUUAAGGGUUAGUAGGGGUUCUCUUGAUGUUUGAUCAAGCUACUAGUAUGGGCGAUGGAGUGUCCGAGGAGAGAAGCCCUCUGUGUGGCAAAUCAGCCACAGAACGAGUCAGAGACAAGGGAACAAGGGCUGAUCUGGAGUGCUCCUUGCGAGGCCACAGUCUAAAGGAGAUUCCUGUGACCUCCACCUCCAGCCCCGGCUCGUCCAAGGAAGAGGGUCAGGACAGCCAGUCCACAGGAGAAGCUGAUUACUGUCGACGGAUCCUGGUUAGAGAUGCCAAAGGGACGAUUAGGGAGAUUGUUCUCCCAAAGGGCUUGGAUCUGGAUCGGCCCAAACGUACCAGAACGUCCUUCACAGCUGAACAGCUUUACCGCCUGGAGCUGGAAUUCCAGAGGUGCCAGUAUGUUGUUGGCAGAGAGAGGACAGAGCUGGCCAGGCAACUCAAUCUGUCGGAAACCCAGGUCAAGGUUUGGUUCCAGAACAGAAGAACGAAACAGAAGAAAGAUCAGAGCAGGGACUCUGAGAAACGUUCCUCUUCCACUUCCGAAUCCUUCGCUACUUGCAAUAUUUUGCGAUUGUUGGAACAGGGUAGACUUUUGUCGGUCCCGGCCCCACCGAAUCUGAUCUCCUCUAGUCAAAACAACAUGGGCACUUCAUCUGGCAACGGAGUCAGCCUGGGGACAUCGGGAAGCACUUCACCAGUCAUCAGUACUACACCUCCUGGAGUAGGAGCUUUCAGCCUCCAGGUUCCAUCUUUAGCAGCCUCAUCUUCUCCAAGGUUACCGACCCCACUUUGUUUUCCCGGUCCCCUAUUGGGAGGUCUGCAUGAAAUACCCUCAGGGUAUGGACUGGGGAGCUCUGCUUUUGAGCCUUACACACGUCUGGAUAGGAAAGACACUGCUGCAGGCAAGAAGCCAACUUCUUAAAAACAUGACUGAAUGGAAGGUGUCUGUCUAAGUCGGAAGUGUUGGCUUCCCGGCACCCUGCGCUCAGUGACUGGUGGGAAGUGGGAAUUGUCAAAAACUGUUUACCAAAAUGUGUCUAGUGGUGUGUGUGUUUGUUUCACGGUUGUAACAUAAUCUGAUAUAUAUGGAGGUUCAUUACUGGGCACGAAGAGGCUCUUGAAGCUCAACCAGAUGGAAGCACAAAUAUCAUCUCCAGCCAAGUGAUCCUUAAGGGGAAUCUAUCAUUACAUGAAUUCUAGCAUCUUAUUUCCUUCUAAGCACAGCCUUACGGUUCCUUUGUAGGACACCCUUGUAGCAGAAUAUAGACCUUGUGGUCCUCAACUGUUACACCAUUAAGGUUUCCAUUAAACAAUAUACAGGUAAUAGAAGGUUCUAGAUGGAAUUAGAGAAUUCAGCGCUCCAAUAAACUAUUACUCUCAAAUAUAUCUCUGCAAUUCCGUAUUAGUUUGAUAGAUUCCCUUUAAUCAUUCAUACAACAUUGCCAUUAUAGUUAUGGGACCAUAUUACAAGGCGGGCUAAUGUAAUGGCCAAGAUUAUUGGUAGAUAAGUGUUUAAAAAAAAAUGAUGAAAAUGCAUUAUUUAUUUCAGAUUUACAGCUUGCCAAAUGUGUCUAAUAUUGUUGGUGGGAGGGGGCGGGGCAAUGGAAUAAAGGGGCAGUUCACGUUUUGUAAAAAUGUUUCAAUACGACGCAAUCAUGGCCACAGUAGAACGAUUCAUGUGUUUUUGGUUUCCAGUUCUACAGUCUGGUGUUUCAGCUGGCAUCUAGUUGCCAGGCACCUGAAGAGUAGCAACUGGGCAGAGAUUGGAAUACCAGAGUGGAGGAUGACCUAAACAUAAAGAUAUGUCAUGGAAAAAUAAUAGCAAUAAAACUGUAGGACUGCAAUUAGUUUUCUGGUCAAGUUGACAGGCACCAAAAAGAAAAGGGAGGAACCAACUGCUACUGGGUCGGAAUACAAAACCACGGGCCCUAGUGGUCCCCUCUAUGGUAUAAUGCCCAUCAGUUCAUUAUUACUUAUUCCCAAAAGCCAUGGUAGCCCCGGAGGUCAAGUUCUCUGUUGGGCUUUAGAAUGUCCAGCCAACACGGAAUUGCUAAGAUACCUUUCAACGCUUCUACCAAGUGAUAGGGUAGUCAUUCCACUGACUUGGUAAAAAAACAAGGCAAUAGGGUUGUCUAAAAAAAUCUUAAUUAUCCCCCUGAUCCUAAAUGAAAGCAGCAAGCCCCUCCCACCUACGUGUAACAUUAAUGUAGCAUUAUUGGGAUCACUGAUAUGGAGUCUCUCUAGAACCAUUGAGACAAGAGAGAGAUCCUUCUGGGCUUCCUCUCAGUAUUUAAUUAGCCCGGGACGAUGCAUUUGAUUGCCAAGGUCGUUAUAGUUCUAACUAAAAUAAAUCUACAAAUGCACUAGCCUGGCGACCAGACCCCCCUGUACGUCGGAAAAUGUUUUUCUGUUGUAAAGUUCUUUGCAAUGUAAUGACGAUGAAUAGUCUAUUGGAAUCAAAUAUAUACAGAUUUACUUUACUAAUAAUAUUUUCUUACACUAGUGUUUGUGAUGUGUGCCGCUCAGUCAGUGCUAUGAGCCGGAAACAAACAAAAAAAAAGAAGUCUUGACCUGAAGAGCUUUUAAUAUUGGGGGUGGGGUGCAAGGAUAUGAUGUAACUUGACUCAAGAACCAAUGGUAAUGCAAUAUGUGGUCAGCUGACAAGCGUUGGGAUUCCAAGGCUACGAGACUGGCCAACGGGCAUUCUACUAUGUAUGUUGUUUGACAAAAAUCCACCGCACAAGUAAAUGUCUUAAAUUUUCAACUGA